GAAAGUUCCUAGCAGACAGUGAAGUUUUGGAGAAGGACGGAGGUGGAGGGAAAAAAAGAAGUAAAGAAAAGUCUGGAAGUUUAGAAAUGGCCUUUCGUAGACGAAAUAAGAGCUACCCUUUCUUCAGCCAAGAGUUCCUCAUUCAGAACCACGCAGACAUCGUCUUCAGUCUGGUCAUUUUUAUUUUGAUAGGGCUGAUGUUCGAGGCCACGGCAAAAACAGCCAUUCUCUUCAUUCAGCCACAGUACAACGUCAGCACACUGAUCCCAGACGGAGAGGUGACUCUGUAUCAUUACGGUUGGAAAGACUGUGCCACUGUCCUGUUCUAUCUCUUCAUCACCAUCAUCCUCCAUGCAGUAGUCCAGGAGUACAUACUGGAUAAAAUAAACAGACGUCUCCACCUGUCCAAGAGUAAAAACACCAAGUUUAACGAGUCUGGCCAGCUAUGUGUGUUCUACCUGGUCUCCAGCUUAUGGAGCUUCUAUAUCCUCGCCACUGAAGGCUACAUUCUGCAUCCCAGCAGCCUGUGGGAGAACUACCCUCACUCUCACCUGAGGUUCCAGGUGAAGUUUUUCUAUCUCACUCAGCUGGCUUAUUGGUUUCACGCUCUGCCUGAGCUCUACUUUCAGAAAGUGCGGAAGGAGGAGAUUCCUCGUCAGCUGCAGUAUAUUUCUUUGUACCUGUCUCAUAUUCUGGCGGCGUACCUGUUAAAUUUGACGCGUGUGGGAUUGGUGCUGCUGUUUCUGCAGUACCUCUCUGAGAUGGGCUUCCAUCUUUCCAGACUCAUCUACUUUAUCGAUGAGACACAUCAUAAAAUGUUCGAGCUGUGGUCAGUAGGGUUUGUUCUGACCCGUAUGGUGACUCUGACGCUGAUGUUCUUGGCUGUGGGCUUCGGUUUGGCGCGGUCAGAAAAUCAAACCCUCGACUGGGAGGCAGGCAACUUCAACACACUCUCCAUCAGGUUGCUGGUGUUGUUCUUAGUGUGUUCCACCCAGUCGUGGCUGCUGUGGAAGUUCUUCCGUUUCCAGUUGAGGCGAACACGGGAGUACAGACUGGAACAGGCCAGGAAAAGAGCAGCCGCCAAGCAGCAAACUCCCCGCGCACUGAAAAGAGACUCAGUUGGUCACCAUGAGAACGGAGUUCUUAAGGCGGAGAACGGAACGUCACCCAGACUGAAGAAGCUUAAAGCCCCUUAACCCCGCCUCCUCCUUAGGGCUGGUCGUGCAACACAGGACAGGAAUCGUGAACUGCUUCCUGCUCAGAUCUUCAGAGACUGAGGGUGGUUCAGCAUUUCACACAGGAUGUGACAUCACGUUGAUAUUUGCACCCUCGAAAGACCAUCAGCUUUUCUUUUCAUUCUUUUUAUGUUUCAUUAUCAGUAUUUGUUACAUUCCU